UGGAAGACAGUUUUGUUUACGGUCCGGUCCGGUUCGGUCGGUUCGGGUCGAUUCUCUAGUUACUCCAUUGUGUGUACACGUUUUCGUGUGUGUCUAUCGGGCUCACGGGCGGGAGUUUUGUGGUCAGCUCUAAAAGUUAUCGCUUUUUGUGGCUUUUUUGCCAGCAGCAGGAUUCGUCAGUCAGACCACUGGGAGGAGACGUCUGGCGACUUGGUUUGAUUUGGUGCGCGUUCGUUGAUAUCCAUAAUACAUGCCUGCGGGAGUUGCUUGAUGACAAAGUGUUUCUUGCUGAGAUUACCUCAGAUGUUGUGUCCAAAUAAGAUGACGCUGGCAGGCUUCGUUUUGCUGGCAGCACUGUCGACGCUGUGCCACAGCGCCAGCAUUGAAACCAGUGAACCCAGCUAUACCAGCUAUCGACUGCCCAAAGCCUUCCACCCGGAGCAUUACGAUCUGCAGGUACUGACACACCUAGGCGAUAAGCGGGGAUUUGUAUUCUCCGGGCGGGUGCUAAUCCGGAUGAUGUGUGACGAGGAUGCCACCAAUGUGACCCUGCACUCCAAAAACCUAACGAUCUCCGACAAGGAUAUUAAGCUGAUGACACUGACCGACGAUGGGUCGAAGGCGAUCGAGGUCAAGCAUGUGCAGUACAUCACCGAUAACGAUUACGUGGUGGUCCACACAAGUGAGUCGAUGAAGAAGGGCCACCGGUACGAGAUUAGCAUCCCAUUUGAGGGUGUCCUGGGCACUGGUUUGCUGGGAUACUACCGCAGCAGCUAUGUAGACCAGAAAACGCAGAAGAAGAUCUGGCUCUCGGUUACCCAGUUCGAGCCAACGUACGCCCGCAACGCCUUUCCCUGCUUUGACGAGCCGGAGAUGAAGGCCACCUUCGAGGUAUCCCUCGGUCACCACAAACAGUACACCGCGCUCAGCAAUAUGCCCAUCAAUCGGACAGAACCGAUGGCUUCCAACGCUGACUGGGUCAUGGAUCACUUUGGCACGACCGUCCCAAUGUCCACGUACUUGGUGGCCUACUCGGUGAAUGAUUUCGAGUACCGCGAGGCGCUGUCCAAAAUGGAGGGCGAUGUUGUGUUCAAGAUAUGGGCCCGCCGGGAUGCGAUCGAUCAGGUGGACUACGCGCGGGAUGUUGGCCCACGGGUGACACGCUUCUACGAGGAAUACUUUGCGGAGAAGUUCCCCCUGCCCAAGAUCGACAUGAUUGCCAUCCCGGACUUCUCCGCCGGCGCUAUGGAGAACUGGGGCUUGAUCACGUAUCGUGAGACGGCUCUACUCUACCAUCCCAACAUCUCGACGGCCAGCAACAAACACCGGGUCGCCUCGGUCAUCGCCCACGAACUGGCCCAUCAGUGGUUCGGAAACCUGGUCACCAUGAAAUGGUGGACCGAUCUUUGGCUGAACGAAGGCUUCGCUACUUAUGUGGCGAGCUUGGGCGUGGAACAUCUGCAUCCGGAGUGGCACUCGCUCGAGGAAGAAUCCGUUGACAAUGCGCUGGGAAUCUUCAAGUUCGAUGCGCUGGCAAGCAGCCACCCGGUGUCGGUGGAGAUCGGCCAUCCGAAUCAAAUCUCGCAAAUAUUCGAUGCGAUUUCGUAUGAGAAGGGAUCUACUGUGAUCCGAAUGAUGCAUCUCUUCCUGGGUGAGGAAACCUUCCGUAACGGUGUACGACGGUAUCUGAAGCGCCACAAGUACUCCAACGCCGAGCAGAAUGACUUGUGGGCGGCACUAACGGAGGAAGCUCGCUUAAAUGGGGCCCUACCGAAGGAUGUCGACGUCAAGACGGUGAUGGAAUCGUGGACGCUGCAAACCGGCUACCCGGUGGUCACGGUGACUCGUAACUACGAAGAGGGAACGGCUGAACUUACCCAGGUGCGAUUCGUAUCCGAUCGGGAACGGCAGCAGAACGUUACCGACUACUGCUGGUGGAUUCCGUUGACGUACGUGAGUUCGAAGGAUCCCAACUUCGAGGAUACCCACACCAAGGACUGGAUGAUGUGUGGAUCGAACGAUUUGAGGAAGGGACCCAUCAAGGUGUUGCACGAGCUCCCCGAUAAGGAUGAAUGGAUUGUGUUCAACACGCAGAUUGCUGGACUGUAUAAGGUUCAAUAUGAUGAGAAGAACUAUAAACUGAUUGUGAAACAACUGAAUAGCGCCAACUAUAGUCUGAUCGGUUUGAUGAAUCGAGCGCAACUCAUCGAUGAUGCUAUGGAUCUUGCCUGGACGGGGGAUCAAAAAUACGGAAUCGCUUUCGCCAUGAUUAACUACCUCCGACAGGAAACGGAGUACAUCCCGUGGAAGGCCGCCCUCAGCAACCUGAACUCGAUCAACCGAUUGCUGAAACGAACUCCAAUUUACGGAGUCUUCCGUAGCUACAUCCAGUUCAUUAUUGAACCCAUCUACGAACGGUUGCAAAUCUUCAGCGACAACCGGGUCGUGAGCGAACGACUCGACUCGACCAAGCAGCUGGUUCAAAUCGCUGCCUGGGCCUGCAAAUUCGAUGUGGGCGAUUGUGUCGAGCGUUCGGUGGCGCUGUUCGCCACCUGGAUGAAGGUAGAGAGCCCGGAGACGACGAAUCCGAUUCCUCGGGAUCUCCGACCAGUAGUGUACUGUAAUGCGAUCCGCAACGGCAAGGAAGCCGAAUGGAACUUCCUGUGGGAACGGUACCGCAACAGCAACGUCGGUUCGGAGAAGGUUAUGAUCAUCGGAUCGUUGGCUUGCACCCAGCAGGUAUGGCUGAUCGAGCGGUUCCUGCUGUGGUCGUUGAACGGGACCUCGGGAGUCCGCAAGCAGGACACGACCAUUGUUUUCGGUGGCGUCGCCAAGGGAGACGUGGGCUUCCAUCUGGCCAAGAACUUCUUCCUGGACAAUGUCGAGCAGAUUCACAACUACCUCUCGCCGGACACGUCACGUCUCUCGCGCUUCAUCAAGCCACUGGCGGAGCAGAUGUCCACCACGAAGGAACUCCAGGAGUUGAAGGAUCUGAUCGACACCAAGCGGACCGUCUUCGAGAAGGCUACCCAGGGUGUCAAACAAGCGCUGGAAACCAUCGAGGUGAACAUGCAAUGGAAGAACAGCAACUAUAACCAGAUGACAAGGUACCUGCCACUGCUGACCUAUCGCUCGGCCAGUCUGGACGUGAAGGAGCUACUGGAUGCUUAGGUUAUUCUUCUUGUUAAUAGAUUCUGUGUACUGUACACGCCCUCUCGCGGUGAAUUUCGUUAUGAUUAGUCCGAUACGUAUGAUGGUUCUUAUAUUAUCUCUUGAAAAUUGAAAUAAAACGUUACAAUAUUUUACUUGAACACUACUUGAA